UUCACCUGCUUGCAAUAGCUAACAUUUUCAAACUCUUUGCCAAAAGACUUUCCACCCAUGCGCCGAUCUGAUUUAAUUUUCGGAAAGUAAUAAGAAGUCUUCGGAGAGAAGCUGUGGAUAGAAGCGGACUUGUACAGGUAAAGGUGCCUGAUCUCUCCCGGCAUUUAAUACGGAGUCUUCGUCUUUGUGCUGAGAACCAAGAGGUGCAUAGCCUACAUUUCAGAGGGCAUCAACUUUGAGAAGAUUGUUAAAUUCCUCUCCGUCUCCGGCUCUUCAAGCUAGGAGGAUUCAAAUAACUCUACUGAACAUCUAGGAACAAAGUAUUUUCAAUUUGGUAUUCGUAACCAGAAGAAAGUGGUUUUUUAGUCGCCAUGUCACAUGUACAGUACCCACCGGGAGUUUCAGAGGUCCGUCUCCGCCGCAAACAGACCCACCACCCCUGGGGAUUCCGGAUGCAAGGGGGAGUGGAGUUUGGGUUACCACUUUACAUCCAAAAGGUCACUCCUAACAGCAUAGCGGCCAAGCAUGGCAUGGCUGCCGGCGAUGCCGUCCUCCGUAUAGGAAAUACAAUAGCCAACGGUCUUUCACACAACCAAGCUAAGAUGGAAGUGAUCAGGGCGGGCAACGAGCUCGACUUUAUUCUGCAGAAGGGCGCUAUAGACUUGACUAACCCAGCUUACCAGUGUGGUGCCGGAGACACGGUGGACGACUCUGGCGCGCAAUUUGAGGGCACGUUACGCCACACCGAGGGCCCCGUGUCAGGCCACCCAGGACACGCCGCGUCCAAUGUCCAGUCCCGGUCCUUCAGGAUUCUACAAAUGCAGCUUUCAGAGGAGGAACAUGCCGCGCAGGCACAACAGCCGGCGAAAUAGAUUAACUGUGAUUAAAUCGAAGGGUGAAAAGAGCGACAGUUGCAGUCUGUUUAUACUUUCUAAUCAAGACCACGUUCAACAAGAUGGACCCUUCGAAGUACAAUUAUAAGUGGACCCUUCGAAAGUACAGACAAUGCCCGCGAAAACUAAUCAAAUAGAAAUUAAAAAUAAUAGAAAUGGUGGUACUGUGUAAGCUACUUUAGUUCUAUUUUUGUUUAUUUUAUUUUGUUAUUUAUUUUUAUUAUUAUUAUAAUUAUUAUUUUUUGGAAAUCUCCAUAUCGGUACUUACUAAUAAUGAAAUGCAACAUAUGUAGGUGUGCUGAAAUCUCACGUAAGCUGGCUUGACAGUUUUAAAGUAAAGAUUUCCAGGUGAUGGGAAAGUUCAUAGUAGUACGCAACAUUUGGACGAGACACAUUUUGCUGCAUAAUUUUCAGAACGAAAGACCAUUAAUCAUUGAUUGUGACACUUAUUGCAUAAUAGUCUAUUCUGGGUCAUUGUUAGCGUUAAAACCGAAUGUGAGAAAACAAAAUAAGUCGAUUACUUAUAAUUUUUCAUCGUCACCAUUUCAAGAAAUCGAUUCUUUGUGUAGUAUUCUUCAGCGGUACACACGUCAAUGAAAAAACAAUGCAGCGCAUUUUACAGACUCCUCUACCGCAAUUUAUACGCAUUUGUUCAUUUAUUCUUCCUGGAAUAAACUUUUCUAAUAAAUAUCGUUGUCUUC